AUGGGCUCGGCGUCCGUGGCGCGUCUCGAACUUGCCAUCGAACUGGGUCUGCUGGACUGCGGCGACUCUAUCGACCUGACAGACCUGUGCGUGGAGGCCGCCGCGUUCGGAAGGCGGAAAGUGCUUGAGCGAGCGGUCGCGGAGGGUGUGCGGUGCUCGACAUACGAUUUCGACGAGGCGCGUGUCCCACUCGUGCGAAGCACCAAGGUCCUCCGCGGCGCCGCGUACGGUGGGCAGCUCGACACCAUGCAAUGGCUCGCCUCGUGUGGCAGUCGGCCCGAUGGCGGCGUCAUGGAGGCGGCCGCGAGAGCGCGGAGUCGCGAGGCGGUCAUAUGGCUGCGGGAGCAGGGCUGCGAGUGGGACGAGAUGGACCAUGCUGGCGCCGUCGAGGUGGGCAGUGCCAUCAACGGCUCUCUCGAAGGCUACUGUUUCUAUGGGCCGUGGAGCGGGCGAGAGCGGCCAGCGGACCUCUCCUUUGUUCGCUGGCUGCGGGAGCUCGGCGCGCCGUGGUCGUCCCACACGCUGAGCCGGUUGAUCGAGUGCGCGCAUGUGGACAUGCGCGACCUCCACUGGGCGGUGGCCGAUGACUGCCCGCUGAGCGACGGGGCAGGGCUGAGUGCGGCGACGGCCGGCCGCGUUGACAUCCUCUCGUGGCUGGACGCGCUCGAUGCGCUGCCACGGAGCAAGAAGCUCACGCAGGCCGCGGCGUCCGGCGGCCACCUGGAGCGAUUCUACCACGGGCACAGCCAAGUGGACUGGAGCGAGGCGCAGUGGGAGCCCCACCGCAAGCGGAAGCAGAUGAUGUACGACGUGUACUACCAGACGUGCAACUACACCAACGACUCUGCGGAUGAUGAUGAUGACGUGUCCUCAGUCGACUGGGUCGACGCGAUCACACCCAGGGCCGGUGAUGACUAUGAACAGUUUGGGUACGAUACCGUCUGA